AUGGCGGACAAAAACCCCACGGGCAGAAUCCGACUGCCGCCCAGACCCGCCACGACCGACGACAUUGCUCCUCCUCCCGCUUCCUCCAUUACUACGACCCCAAUUACCACCUCCAUCAGCACCAUCAACGAUCUCACCUCCGUCCCUAGUCGUCACCCUCUUCGUGGUCACGAGGAAGGUUUCAUGCAGCCCUCCUCCUACUUCCGCCCGCGAGGUCUUUCACAUCCAAUGCCCCCAGCCCAGCCCGAAAGGGCGAUCGAUCGGGAAGAGCGACAAGGACUACGUGCCAUUCGCAAUUUCCUCAAAGUCCGCAACAGUUACGAUGUCCUUCCGCUCAGCUUCCGGCUUAUCAUCUUCGACACCUCUUUGUCGGUGAAGGAGAGCUUAAAUAUCUUGAUCCAAAAUGGCAUCGUGUCGGCUCCAUUAUGGGACUCGAAGACGUCAACCUUUGCAGGUCUUCUCACGACCUCUGAUUACAUCAAUGUCAUCCAAUACUAUUUUCAGAACCCCGCGGCUCUGGACCAGAUAGAUCAAUUCCGACUGGACAGCCUCCGAGAGGUGGAAAAAGCAUUAGGGGUCGCUCCGCCUGAAACCAUUUCCAUCGACCCGGAACGGCCUCUAUAUGAAGCCUGCCGGCGCAUGCUUGAAUCUCGAGCUCGACGUAUUCCCUUGGUCACUAAUGAUAGUCAAACCGACCGAUCCCACGUCCUAAGUGUGGUUACACAGUACCGCAUCUUGAAGUUUGUUGCCGUCAAUGUCAAUGACACGCAGAAACUGCGCAAACCCCUAGGAGAGAUAUUACUGGGUAGCUAUCAAAAUUUAGCGACUGCAUCAAUGGACACUCCUGUUAUUGACGUAAUCCACAUUCUCGUGGAGCGGAGCAUAUCAAGUGUGCCCAUUGUAAACUCCGAAGGUGUUGUUUAUAAUGUCUUCGAGGCUGUUGAUGUUAUCACUUUGAUUAAAGGCGGAGUGUACGAUGACUUAAGUCUAACUGUCGGAGAGGCAUUGAAAAAGCGUUCCCCGGAUUUCCCUGGUAUAUAUACGUGCUCCCUGAAUGAUGGCCUGGAUACCAUCUUCGACACAAUUCGCAAAUCUCGUGUACACCGCCUGGUUGUGGUGGAUGAGAACUUCCGACUAAAAGGUGUACUCACUUUGAGUGAUAUUCUACAAUACAUCCUUCUAGAGGGCGAAAACGAUGAAUCUUCUUGA